AUGCCUUGUUCACAGGGAUCUUCCACGCUCUUACAACUCCUCGGCGCGCAGUCGGGCAAGGACUUUGAGUUCAAGUCGUGGACGGCGAGCGGCGCGCCCGACAAGUGCUCCAAGUACCGCGGAGUGAAGUGCGAUGCGGAGGGCAAGAUCGUCGCCAUCAACGCCACGACUGCCCGCCUCGUGGGGCCCAUCGACGUACUCUCCUCGCUCGACCAGCUGCAACGCCUCGAUGUGAGUUACAACGGCGACGUGGAGGUGCUGCCGCAGUCGUUCACCAAGCUCAAGAAGCUCAUCCACCUCAAUGUGUACGACUGCUGGAUCAAGGGGCGCAUUCCGUCCUUCCUCGGCCAGCUCACGGCCCUCACAUACCUGAGCGUUGGUGGUAACCCGCUAGAGGGUGCUGUCCCAGCCAGCCUCGGCAACCUUGUCAACCUCGUCUUUCUCAACCUGGCUGGAACAGGGGAGGACGGCAUAGGAGGGGCCUUGCCGUCGAGCUUUGCCAAUCUGAAGAAGCUCAAAGAGCUCUAUCUGCGCAACAACCGCUUCAGCGGGCCUCUGCCGGAGUACAUUGGCUCUUUCACCAACUUGGAGCGCCUCACCGUGAGCAAGAACUACUGGGAGGGUUCCAUUCCCAAGACCCUGUCGCAGCUCAAGAAGCUCAAGUACCUCGGUCUGAUGGAGACCGCUUUUGAGGGCGAGAUCCCAACGUUCCUGGGCACACUUGGUCAGCUCACAUACCUCUCGCAUACCUCUGUUCAACAUCUCCCCACCCACCUCCCCCACCUCUCACCCUCCACUCACGCCCCUCUCGCCUCCCUCUACUCGCACAGCUCCCUGUCCGACACGCGCCUGCACGGCAACGUGCCCACUCACUCACCGCCUUCUCAUUGCCUGGCCCACUCACUCACCGCCUUCUCAUUGCCUGGCCCACUCACUCACCGCCUUCUCAUUGCCUGGCCCACUCACUCACCGCCUUCUCAUUGCCUGGCCCACUCACUCACCGCCUUCUCAUUGCCUGGCCCACUCACUCACCGCCUUCUCAUUGCCUGGCCCACUCACUCACUGCCUUCUCAUUGCCUGGCCCACUCACUCACCGCCUUCUCAUUGCCUGGCCCACUCACUCACCGCCUUCUCAUUGCCUGGCCCACUCACUCACUGCCUUCUCAUUGCCUGGCCCACUCACUCACUGCCUUCUCAUUGCCUGGCCCACCCACUCACCGCCUUCUCAUUGCCUGGCCCACUCACUCACUGCCUUCUCAUUGCCUGGCCCACUCACUCACUGCCUUCUCAUUGCCUGGCCCACUCACUCACUGCCUUCUCAUUGCCUGGCCCACUCACUCACUGCCUUCUCAUUGCCUAGCCCACUCACUCACCGCCUUCUCAUUGCCUGGCCCACUCACUCACUGCCUUCUCGUUGCCUGGCCCACUCACUCACCGCCUUCUCAUUGCCUGGCCCACUCACUCACUGCCUUCUCAUUGCCUGGCCCACUCACUCACCGCCUUCUCAUUGCCUGGCCCACUCACUCACUGCCUUCUCAUUGCCUGGCCCACUCACUCACUGCCUUCUCAUUGCCUGGCCCACUCACUCACUGCAUUCUCAUUUCCCUCUCACGUCUUCUUCCUCCUGCGCAGCUCUCUUCUAGAUCAACCACGUCCUGCCUGCCUGCGCACUCCUUUCUUUCCCUGUCUUGCCUGUAUUCAUCCCGUGCUUAUGUUUGCAUUCUUUCACUGCCCUUCGGGUCAAUUGCCUCUCUGCAUCCCACCUCUCUGCCUUCUCUCAUUUUCUUCCUCACCUGCUUCUUUCCAAGACUCCUCAUCUCUCCACCUUCCACCACCCACUCCCCACCCCUCAGCGACCUUUCUGGCAACUAUUUCUCAGGCCCCAUCCCGGCCUUCCUGCAGCGGGUCAAGAAAGUCAACGCGGCAGAUAACUAUUUCUCCGGCUCAGCCUCCUCCCUUCCCUGCUCCGACGACUUCUCCGUGACGGGCAACUGCCUCUCCUCCGUGCCCUCCAAGUGCGGGGGCACCGCGGGCCAGAAGACCACGCAGGAGUGCAACAAGUUCUGUGGGACGGCCACGGCCACGGGGGCGUGUAGCGGCAAGGGCGUGUGCGUGUUGGAUGUGGCUCUGCUGCUCAAAACACAGGCGUAUGUGCCCAUGUGCAAGUGCCAGUCGGGGUACUGGGCUUCGCACCAGAAGCUGCGAUGCUCCAAGAACAACACUUGA